ACAGCGCCCGCCAUGGCUUGCACCUUUCGCAAAUUCGAACUGAAGCGUGCCAUGGAAAUCCUGCAUGAAGAGAGUAGUGAGGCAGACUCCUCCAGCGAUGACACUGACCUACCAGAGGUGCUCAUGGAUCAAACGACCCAGGACUGCUUCAGCAAAGAAGUCUUCCAUCAGAUGUUUUGGCUCCAUAUGACCUGCCCACUGGGUAUACUCUUUUACCUUGCUGCUGGCCAAGGGAAACUAUUGGCCAGCACUUCCAUUUGGCCGCCCCACAACACCAUGGAUGUGUUCUGGAUAAUGGUGCCCUUGUUGGUCUAUGUGAACAUUGCUCUGUUUGUGAUCUACAAGGAGCAGUUUGUGGCCGACAACAUCAGUGCAACUGAGAUCAUUUUUCUUCCCCUUGUGGCCUUGAUCAUACACCGCUCGAUGAUCGCGCUGAAGUACAGUGGAUUAUCGCACGUGGAGUACCAACGAUGGAGGAAUGCACCGGUGCGGAAAGCGAAGCAGUGGGGCAGACAAAUCCAAUUGCUGUCAACCUGGCUGCCGCUCCCGGAUCAAGUGCUGCUGAUGGAAAUUCAAAAAGCCUGUCGGAUGCAAGGCGCGGAUCUUCACAGUCUCUUCUUUCACCAUGAGGUGAAAUGUGAGACCUCCUGGAGGAUAUGGAACGUUUGGCGAGAGAUUCGUCACGUUUCCCGAGAGGAUCUGAAUGGCGAAAUACCCUUUCCACCACAUACGUGUGAUCUGGAAGCGAGUGGGCCGAUUGAGUAUGGUGUCUACACAAUCAGUGCAGUUCAGAUGCUGCAUAUGCUCUGGAGAAUUGCUAUUGACCACGUCGUGGAGUUCAACCGAGUUCAACUCGUAGGCUUCUGGGCGAUGCUGCCGGCCCUGGUGCCUGCUAUUUGGAGAGCCGUGGCUUGUGCUGCCAGCAAAGGUCAUGCUGUACAGAUUCUGAAAGCUGCGCUGGGUUCCACGUCUCCAGUUAUCUUCUGCGUGGUGACCUCUGGUUUCCUCUGCUACAUACACAUCCUCUUGGCGGGCUUGUUUGCAGUCAUGGCAAUUGUGCACUACAAGCGGAUGCAUCUGGUGCUGGAAUCCAUCUGUCGCCUGACACGGCCGCUGUUCUGCAUGUGGCCCAACUUGCCACAGGCGCAGCUCAAUGGCGCGGUGGGCUUGGAGAAUAUGCGAGCGGUCUUGGGCUGCUUCGAGGUCUCUCUUCGAUUGGGUGGAAGAUACCAAGCUCGUGUGGAAGCUUACGUUGCAACUCUGGCCCUUGGUGCAUCCAUCGGUAUGGGUUUUGUGCUGGUGGGUGUGGUUGUGGGCGUUCACAACCAGAUGAACUCCUUCACUGUGGUGGUUCUCUCGCUGGUGUCAGGAUUUACUGUGAUCAUGUUUCGGGUGAUCUAUUUUGGAUCCAAGGCGAAUGAGAACUUCCCACAGCUGUCAAAUAACAUCUGCCGCGCGCGCUGGCGAAAUGCGUCUGCGAAGUCCGGCGGGGCGGCAGAUGAAGAGUGUGAACAGGCAAUGAGCCUUGCCAUGGAACGGCUUUCCAUCCUCGCGGCGACAGAACCUGUGAAUAUCGCUGGCACCAUCCCUACUCUCGACUUGGGCUACAGCAUGGUGUCAGUGGUUGGCACACUGAUGCUUUUCGUCGUUGGGAAACUCUUCAACUGGGACAUCCCUGCCUGAGGCGAAGGGACCGGACCCUUACCGACUGUGCAUCCAAAGUGGUGCCCUGGCGCACCGACUGUGCGCUUGACAGAAUUGCAGAGCAACGCUGUUUUAAGAUGGUUGCUGCAAUCGUUCAUAGCCAGUUGAACAGGGGUUGUUUGGAAGCUUGCAGAUGCAAAACAAGACUCGCUCUCAAAAGCAACUUGAG